GCGCAUCGAAGCGUAGAGAAGCGAGGCUCGUGGAGCGGGGACGGGCCAACGGCCGAACACAACCAGCGUCAUACAGAGAAACGCCGCACGCGCACGAGAGAGAGAGAGAGAGAGAGAGUGGGGAGUGGUCACCGAGAUGGAGGCGGCCGCCUCGUCGCCGUCGCCGGAGCAGCUGCUGCUCCGGCCCACGACCCCGCCGCCCGGCCCCCGCGCCGGCGCCAGCUCCGGGAACCCGCUUUCGCCCGCGGCGGCGAGGCCGGGCCGCCUCGCGGCGCUCAUCGGGCGCGCGGCGGGGCGGCGGGGCCCGUCGAUGCUGGUGCGCGAGACGGCGGCGCUGCAGCUGGAGCGGAGGCGCGCUGACUGGGCGCACUCCUGCCCCGUCGUCGCGCUCGACAUCGCGUGGAACGUCGCCUUCGCCGCCGCCACCGCCGCCGUGCUCGCGUCCUCCGCGGAGGAGAGCCCCGUCAAGCCGCUCCGCCUGUGGCUCGUCGGUUACGCCGCGCAGUGCCUGGUGCACGUCGCGCUAGUCUGCUCCAACACCCGCCGCGGCCCCGCCCGCGCGCGUGGCUCCGCCUCCGACAUCGAGUCCGCCGCAGAAGCUGGGGCGGACAGCUCGGUCAGCAACGGCGAAGAUGUCGAAGGGGAGGAACAAAGGAGCAGCUUUACAAGUCAUCGUUGUGAGUCGAUGAACACGAUGAUAUCAUUUCUGUGGUGGAUCAUUGGAUUCUACUGGGUAGUGUCGGGCGGGGAGGUGCUCGAGCACGGUGCUCCAAGGCUGUAUUGGUUGGCCGUAGUGUUCUUAGCCUUUGAUGUGUUUUUUGCUGUGUUUUGCGUUGCUGUGGCCUGCUUCAUUGGGAUUGCACUGUGCUGUUGCUUGCCUUGUGUCAUUGCUAUUCUGUAUGCUCUGGCUGGCCAGGAGGGUGCAUCAGAUGCAGAUAUUAGUGUUCUUCCCAGAUAUAGAUAUUCUGAUCCGAGUGAGAAUGGACAAAAAGGAACAGAUGAAGGAUUGAUGAUCCCUAUUCUGAAUAAUAGUGGAACAUCAACAAUCGAGCGGAUUCUCCUUCGUGAGGAUGCUGAAUGCUCUAUCUGUCUCUCGUCAUAUGAAGAUGGAGCAGAGUUAUCUGCUCUUCCCUGCAACCAUCACUUCCACUGGACAUGUAUUACCAAAUGGCUGCGCAUGCACGCGACCUGUCCACUUUGCAAGUACAACAUACUCAAAGGCAGUGAUAGUGCAUGACCAACUUAUGCUGACAUAACUUCCACGCCCAGAGCCUGUCUGCUGUAUGCAUCAAUGUCCCGGCUCGUAGAGCAAGCGAGCAAGCUCGUGCAAUGUUUUUGUGAUUCCGAUCUGGUUGUGUGCUGAUAACAUCACUUCUAAGAGAUGUUCUAUGUGACAACUUGAUGUGUGUCUUGCUGUUUAGAUGUGGUGACAACUUGUAAAUGAAUGACCUAACUUUUAGCUGGGUUUGUUAAUAUCGCCUGUAAAUAUCUUUGGAGUUGUGCUGUUUUCUGGAUACGAUAAAAUUGAAAUUGGUGAAACACUUGGUGAUAAAUUCAUUAUUUACAAUUGAAGUUG